AUGGAGGACGCAGAGGCGCGCCGCUCUCGCCUGCGCAGCAUGCGCGAGUCCGCGGCGAAGCAGCAGGCGGCGUCCCCCGGCGCGCCCACGCCUUCCGCCGCCCUCUCCGCACUCCCCUCCCCUGACUUCUCUCCGCCGCUUAUCCGCACGCAUCUGCGUGUGCGCCAUCCGGGGAAGGCGGACCUGGGGGAGGUAGAUCUGCUAGACGGCCAGCAGGAGCAGCCACCACAGGCUCGGGGAAUUUCUCACAGGCCUCAUACUCAAGCAGACGCCAUCACUGCAUGUGACAUGCUGCGCGCUGCAGGGCCCAGGAAGGUAUGCGAGGCUACAGGGGAGGAAGAACAGUGGGCAGGUAGGUGGAUGGAUGGCCGGUUGCUGGGGUGGAGUGGUCCUUGCGGCAACACCCCUCUUAAACCUGCUCAAACCCCUUCAACCACUUUCAACCGCUAUCAACCCCUUUCAACUGUUUUCAACCACUCCCAUCAGGUGGUGAUAACGAGCAUGGAGGUGGAUGGCCAGCUGCUGGUGGUGGGUAGCGACGCCAGCAGCCCUGCUGUAGAGCAGGUGGGUGUAGCAGAGAAGGUGAGUGGUUCAGCAGAGCAGGUGAGUGGUGCAGCAGAGCAGGUGAGUGGUGCAGCAGAGCAGGUGAGUGGUGCAGCAGAGCAGGUGAGUGGUGCAGCAGAGCAGGUGAGUGGUGCAGCAGAGCAGGUGAGUGGUGCAGCAGAGCAGGUGAGUGGUGCAGCAGAGCAGGUGAGUGGUGCAGCAGAGCAGGUGAGUGGUGCAGCAGAGCAGGUGAGUGGUGCAGCAGAGCAGGUGAGUGGUGCAGCAGAGCAGGUGAGUGGUGCAGCAGAGCAGGUGAGUGGUGCAGCAGAGCAGGUGAGUGGUGCAGCAGAGCAGGUGACUGGUGCAGCAGAGCAGGGCACGGGGUGUGUGGGUGCUGGACUCGCUGCUGAUAGCCUGGUGCUGGUGGUGGGGCGUGACGCCAGUAGCCCUGCUGUAGAGCAGAUGGGUGAGGUGACAGGGCAUGGGGCGUGCCAGUGUGGUGGUCGAGGUGUGCUUUGA